AAGAUCAAGAGAAAGCAAUCAAAACUGAGGAAGAGACUACUGAAAAAGCUGAUGAAGAGAAGGAGGAAAAAUCCCCAGAGCCAAGUUUAUAUGAAGUUGUGAAAGGAGAGUUGUCAGAUCUGAGGCAAGAAACCAAACAGAAACACAACCUGGUCACACAGCUUCAUCAGCGACAUCAUGAACAUACACUGCAUAUAUCUGAACUACAAGACAAGCUUACAGCAUCAGAAACUGAAAUUGCUGAACUGAAAAACAAGCUUGAUGAUCUUGAGUAUGUCUAUGAGAAGGCAGAGUACAAGAAUGACAGUUUGGAGCGUAGGCUGGCCGAGGUCUCAGAGAGGCUUCAGUUCUAUCAGGAGACAACAGGAAACAUGCCAAUAUCGGGCCUGAAGAAUUUGUCCGGUCUGCCUACUGGAAGGCUGGAUGAGAUACUGUCUGAACUGGAAGAACACAAAGAGCUGUCCACCAACAGACUGAUGGAGCUGGAGAAGUUAAAUGCUGAUUACCAGGAGACUCUUACGCAGGUGGAGAAACUAAAAAUGGAUCUUCAGCAUCUGCCAGAGAACGUCAUCCUUGAAACCACAGAGUACAAAUGUUUGCAGUCGCAGUUCUCAGUUCUCUACAACGAGAGUAUGCAGAUACGAACCCAGCUUGAGGACAUUCGCAACCAGAUGACCAUCAGUAAAUCCAACCAUGGCAGACAAAUCGAGCAGAUGGAGAUUGAUGAAUUAGAGGGCCAGAAGAGACUGAGAACCGAAAUGAUUCAAGUUGAAGACAAUCUGGCUCAGACCAGAAAGGAGUAUGACAUGCUGAGAAUUGAGUUUGAACAAGCAAUGGCGGCCAACGAUCAAAACUUGACUAUAAAUCGGGAGAUGCGUAAUCUCAUUCAGAGCUUGCAGAACCACAACCAACAGCUGAAGAUGGAGUCUGCCAGGUAUAAAAGACGCUUGAGAGAAGCCCAGGUCGAAAUUCAUAAGUUAAAGCAGGAGAUUGCUGCAACUAACCCACCGUCAUCAUCUUCGGCAUCUGUUCCUGCUACAAACAAUUCUUCUGCUCCUUCAAAUGCUGCAGCAUCCGCAGCUGCACCUUCUUCAACAGGCACACCAGCAAAUUCUGGUUCUGCACUUGCUGGGGACACUAAAGAGAAUAUUGUACAGGUCAAAGAGGAGUCUCUGUCUUCACCAAUCAAAACAGAACCAGGCUCCACGCCAGGAGGACCACCAGCACAUGUAGCUAAAAAGGAGGAAUUAGAUGUACCAACGACACCCAUCAAACGGGAGGAUGAUGAGGAUGGCGAUUUACGGGAUGUGAAGUAUGGAAAGAAUGACAGCGAGAUUGUCAGAGAAUUAAGGAACCAGUUGAAGAAGUCCCAGGAUAAUGUCAGAGAAUUGAAACUGUUGUUAGACACAUAUAAAGCAGCACCUAAAGAACAGAGGGACAAAAUUCAGUUGAUGGCUGCAGAAAAGAAAGCUCGUCAAGAGAUUGAGGAGCUGAAAUUCCAUUUAAAACGCAAAGAGGAAGCAGAAAGGAGAGACAGAAGGAAGCUGGCAGAUGAGGAUGCUAUGAGAAGAAUAAAAAAGAUGGAGGAAACAAUCAUGGAGCUUCAAAAAAAUUUAGCCAAUCAGAAACAGAGAGAAGAAGGGUUGCUGAAUGAUCUGGAUGUGACAGGUCAAGCCUUUGAGGACAUGCAGGAGCAGAACACCAGGUUGUUGCAGCAGCUGAGGGAGAAGGAUGAUGCCAAUUUUAAACUCAUGUCAGAGAGAAUCAAAUCAAAUCAGAUUCAGAAGCUGCUGAGGGAAGAGAAGGAUGUCCUUACAGAACAGGUGGCCACACUACAGGCACAAGUUGAGGCUCAAAAUAUGGUGGUUCGUAGCUUGGAAGAGAAGGAGAGAGUACUGCAGAACAAUUUAGCCAUAGUGGAAAAAGAACAGGGACUAACACAGCAGGCCAUGGAAAUGCACAAGAGAAAGGCAGUGGAGAGCUCACAAACAGCUGCUGACCUCAAACUUCAUCUGGACAAGUAUCAAGCCCAGUUGAAGGAGGCACAAGUGGCGGUGGCUGAAAAGACUGCGUCCCUGGAGCAAGAAGUCUUUAAAUACAAACGGAUGCAGGAGGAAGUGGCAAAACUGAACCGUAAACUAGAAAGGAGCAAGAAGAUUGAAAUGGCAGGUGCAGCUGACGAAGUGCUUUUAGAAGAGAUAAAAGAAUAUAAGGAGCAGCUAACCUGUCCGUCGUGUAAAGUGAACAAGAAGGAUGCGGUGCUGACCAAAUGUUUCCACGUGUUCUGUCUGGAGUGCCUGAGGACCAGAUACGACACCAGGCAGAGAAAGUGUCCCAAGUGCAAUGCUGGAUUCGGUGCAAAUGACUUCCAUCGACUGUAUUUAUCAUAA